AUGUCGUCGACUCCCCUCCUCUCGUCCGGCGGCCUUCCCGGUGCCAUCCAGGACCACGCAAGGCGCCCUUCACAUGUGUCCGUUUUUGAACCGUCGCUGACCUGUCUGCAGCCCGUGUUCCUUCGAGCCUGCCACUCGCCAUGGAAGUUCGUUGCUCAAAAUCACCUGGUGAUCCUUCGAGCCCUGACGCUGGCAUACCUCGCUGCCACAUCUGCCAUGAUCGGCCACUACAAGAUCAACGUCGAGGUCUCUGAGACGACCAAGUUCAAGCACCUGUUCAGCUUCACCAUGAUUUGCCACAUUCUGGUCUUUGUCUACCACCUCAUCACCUGGGCUUGGACUUUUACCCACUUGUACCAUCCCGACCGCCAUGCGGUUCGGGGCGGAGUCGAGUCCGUGAUCAUCAAGGUCAUGUCUCUGCCUCACAACAUGGGAAGUCUCCGCAAGCAAUUCUACUUUACGCUGUUCUACUCGACGGCCACCGUCUUUUCCUUCAUGAACUCGGUCAUCUACUGGUUCAUCACCCGCGCCCACGAGGCGGGCGGCGAAGACGCAAUUGUCGCGGCCGCCGUUGGUGGACUGGAUGUGCUCGCGGCUCCCGGCAAGGAUGUCAGUGCCUUGGUGACGGCGCAGAUGCCAGAACAACCCUUCAGCGAUCUCUUCGGCGAGGGGUGGUUCAAGGCCUUUGUCCUCAUCACCCUGCACGCUAUCAACCCGUGCAUCAUGGCGAUCGAGAUUCUCUUCUUCAACAGUAUCAAGCGACCAUUUGCCCUUGGAUCUCACUUUGUUGGCCUCAUGGCCAUGUCUGGCCUCUACCUGGGUUGGGCCGCAAUCGGCAAGGCUCUGACGGGCGAGUUUCCCUUCUUCUGGCUCGACGAGGAAGAGGUUGGAUCCAAGGAGGCCGUGACUACAUACUGCGUCGGCUUCGUUUUCCUGUCGCAGAUCCUGUACAUCUUGAUGCAGGGCUUCAUUUACAUCCGGGAGGGCCUGACCAAGUCGAUCCAGGGCGCCGAGGGCUCCAAUGGGGCGCUUCACUCUUGA